GGGACUACGCUUCCCAGCCUGCCCCGGGCGAGCUCCGCUUCCACAGGGAGUGCGCAGGCGCAGCGGCCGGCUGGGGUUGGCUUGUUUGGGGAAGCAGAGGCGGAGGACGCAGGUAGGCCCGAGCGAGGCCUGCCUCGAGUGGCCUCUUCUGACUCACGGCGUUGUCUCUCAGGGCAUUGCUCUCGGCUUUGGGAAAUGGCGGAGAAUUCCAGCGACAGCGAUUCCUCGUGCGGCUGGACCGUCAUCAACCAUGAGGGAUCCGACAUUGAGGCCGUGGCCUCCGAGGGCGAGGGACCGGGCGGCCCCAUGGAGCAGGACCCGGAGGAACUCCCGCCGCUCCUGCAGGAAAGUGACCGGCAAGAAGAGCCGGCUUUGGACUUGCAAGCUGAAUUCAGCCAAGGUGACGUGUCCUUGCCAACUGACCAAAGCCCCUUAGAGACCACCAAGGCCGCUCAGGAAGAGGGUGCAAAGGGGCCCUUGCCGGAGGAUGGCACCUGCCUGGGGGCCCUGAGCGACGACUCGGACAUCGUGACACUGGAGGCCCCCAAAGCGGAGGAAUGCCAGAGCGAGGCCAUGGAAGCGCCGGUGGAUGAGGGGCCUGUGGCCUCCGAAGGCUCCGACAUGGGCUCCUCCUUCAGCAGCCAGUACACCUUCUGCCAGCCGGAGGCAGCCAGUUGGCUGGAGAUGCUGCAGAGGAUCCCCUCCUGUGUGAGCGGAUGGGCCUUCCCUCCUCCUCCUCCUCCUCCUCCGCCGCCGCCUCCUCCGCAGGAGUCCAGCAGCGACGAGGGCCCACGAUCCAGCCCUGCCUUGAGGCGCCGCCGGGCCAAGAAGAGGCCUCUCUCCACUUCGGAGUCAGAGGACACGGCAGCGCCUUCUCCACCGCCUUGCCAACAGGAAGCGGAGCCACAGCCCCCUCCCCGCAGGACCUCCUUCAUUGGCAGCAGCGGCCUCAACCGGUGCAUCCUCUUGGCCCUCCUGGUGGCCGUCAGCAUGGGCUUCGGGCACUUCUAUGGGAUCCUGGAAGGCACCAUCCAGAUCCAGAGCCGGCAGCAUCUGGUGGAGAAGACCCACUUGGACGAACUGAAGGACGUGAAGGAGGACCUGAUCCACUGCCAGCGGGAACAAGGGAGCCAAGCCGGGUGCCAGGAAGGCCUGGCCGCGUGCCUGGUGGCCACCGAGGCGGAGAAGAAGGCCUUUGAGUCCCAGAAGCGCCUCCUGGCCUCGGAGAACCUCCGCCUGCGGGAGUCCCUGGAGAAGGAGGAGGCGGCCCUGUCCUCGCUGCAGGAGGAGCUGCGCCGGCUGCGGGAGCGGGUGCGCCUGCUGGAGACGGAGGAGGAGGAAGGGGGGGAGCGGGGCCGGGGCCCAGACGCCGCCCCCUCCGAGGCCCAGAGGCUGAAGGCGAGCCUGGAGGAGGAGCAGCGCCGGGCGCAGGGCUUUGUGCGGCAGAAGGCAGCGCUGCUGGCCGAGGCCCAGAUGCUGCGCCGGGAGCUGGACAAGGAGCGCCGGGCGGCCCUGGCUCUGCGCGAGGAGGUGGAGCGCAUGAGCGCGGCCGGGCGGGAGGCCCCGCAGAGAGAGCAGGAGGCCGAGGCGCAGGAGACGGAGCGGCUCAAGGGGCGGCUGGCCGAGCUGGAGAAGCGGCUGCGCUUCGAGGAGCAGCGCUCCGACCUCUGGGAGAAGCUCUACGUGGAGGCCAAGGGGCAGGCCCAGCAGCAGCCCCACCCGCCACCACCCAAGGACCAGCCCAAGGCCAAGAAGAAGCCGCCGCCACAGCCGCCCAAGUCCUCCUUCUUUGGCUCCGUCAAGGAGACCUUUGACGCCAUGAAGAACUCCACUAAGGCCUUUGUGCGGCACCACAAGGAGAAGAUCAAGCGGGCCAAGGAGGCCGUCAAGGAGAACCUCAGGAGGUUCUCGGACUCCGUCAAGUCCACCUUCCGGCACUUCAAGGACUCCACUCGCACCGCCACCGCCACUGAGGGGAAGCGCAGGCACGGGGAGAAGCGGCGCGAGGCCCGCAAAGCCAGGCCCCACGAGGCCCCACAGCACCAGCAACAGCAACAGAGGGCCCCCGGGGGCCACGGUGAGGGCAAGAGGUGCCCUGGGAGCCCCGGGAGCCCCGGCUGCGAGCGCAAGGGCCCGUCCCCGCCCCCCAAGGGCUGCCUGGGCAUCUUCGACUGCGCCCGGCAGGAGUUUGCGGGGCUCUUUGACCGCGUCCUGGGCCCCAUCCGGGCCGACGAGUUCCACCAGCUGAUGCACAAGUUCCUGCAGCAGGAGGUGGGCGGCUUCCGGCACUGGAGGGAGCUGGAGGCCUUCCUGGGCCGCUUCUUCCGCAACGGGGUCUUCAUCCACGACCAGAUGCUCUUUGCAGACUUCGUCAACGACGUCAAGGACUACCUGCAGGACAUGGAGGAGUACCGCCGGGGAGGGAGCGGCGGCGCUGAGGCCUUCGGGGACCUGGACACCUACAUCUACCGGUACUACUUCCACUACGAACCCGCUCCGGAGCAUCACGGAGACAGCCGCCCUGCCAAGAAGACGCAGCACGAGAGGAGCCCCCCGAAGGCCCACCCCCACCACCCCCAGCGCCAGAAGCGGGAGGGGGGCCGGUGGCAGAAGGAGGGGCGGCACACGGCCAACCUGGAGAUCGAGGUGGGGCAGAUGCCCUUCCACCCCAAGUACUGAGCCCCCCCUCCUCCUCCUCCUCCGCCGAGAUUUAAGAAGAGAAGCCCCGCUGCUGCCUUUGGGGGAGAGGAGAGAGCAGAGGGGCCGAAGCCACCCUUGACCCUCCUUUGACCACCAAGGAGACCCCCCACCCCCUCCUCACUCCGGAGAAACGGGCGCCACAGCGACUACGAUGGCAAUAAUAAAAAGGCCGGGUGAGCA